AUGUCGAUAACGAACUUUAUGUUGGCGGGUGACCCUCUUUCUCUGGACAGGAUACGAUCAAUCCUCGUCCGCCUCGAGGACACCAUUAUCUUUGAUCUGAUCGAACGAGCCCAGUUCGCUCACAAUCCAAAGAUCUACAUUCGCGGUGCAUUUUCUGAACUCAAGGACUUGGGCUUUGAUGGAAGUUGGCUCGAAUGGUUUCUCAAGGAAACAGAAGUCUUCCAUGCCAAAGCACGUCGUUAUUCCAGCCCCGAUGAAUACCCCUUCUCCUCCGAUCUCCCCGCCCCAGUCUUGCCCCCCCUCGCCUUCCCAAAUAUCCUCUACAAGAACGACAUCAACGUGAACCCCUCCAUACAGUCUUUCUACACCCGCUCCAUCGUCCCUCGCAUAACACGAAGGGCAACUCUCGCUUUGGCAGUCAAGAAACGCGCAAACGGUAUCGUCGGCGAUGACGAGUUCGAAGAUGACGGAAAUUACGGAAGCGCGGCCACAAUAGACGUCGAAAUCCUCCAAGCCAUCAGUAAACGGGUCCACUACGGAAAAUUCGUCUCAGAGUCCAAAUUCGUCGAUAACCCGGCCGCGUUCAUACCCCACAUCCUCAAGCCCAACGGACCAGCCCUGGAGGCUCUCAUAACGAAGCCAGAGGUGGAGAAGAAGCUGCUGCAGAGGCUUCGGAAGAAAGCGGCGACGUAUGCACAGGACUUUGCGGCUGAUGGUGAACUUAUCAAUGGGUCGCAUCUUAAUGGGUCUGCCAAGAUUGAUGUCGAUGGCGUCGUGGAUCUAUAUGAGAGUUACAUCAUUCCGUUGACCAAGGAGGUAGAGGUCGACUACCUGCUGCGCAGGUUGGACGGCAUGUCUCAAGAGGAAAUCGAUAAACUGGCGAAAGGGGAGUAAGAGAAGCUCCCUGUAGCCUUUGGAUGUUCAGAAAUAAUUUACUUAUUCACCUAUUCAACCAUCUUCAAGUUUUCCCCAUAAUUCUUGUACACCAACUUUUACUAGGGUCCCACAUUCGUAGCCACUAACAGAGCUCAUCAAGACGAGUAUGUUCUUGUAACAACAGGUAUCUGCUAAUGAGAGAGCACACUGAGGAAGCAUGGGUACGUACAUGCACAAACACGUCGACAACACACAACACAGGGGAGGGGGAUAAAGAGCAAAGGAGGGGGUAGCAUCCAAUCGGCUAAGAGAUUUGAUCCAAAAAAAAAAGGAAGAGGAAGAAUGUGACAACAUGAAAGAUAUCUGAAAUCAUAGAUCGUACGCAGAACAAACACGCCUCACAGCCUGGCAAAGCAGGGUUGUGACAGAGAAGCUAAGAAGUACAAUGAAACAAAGUAUGAAAUAUGUCAAAAAGACAGACAGGAGAGGAGGGGCGGGGGUAUU